UCGACUGGCCUUUAGAUGCUCUUUGGCGGUGGGCGCCGCUUGACUUGCCAGACUCUCCAGGCCGAGUGUGUGUGUGUGUAGUGGUUGUGCUAGCAGAGCUGUUGCAGAAACUAACUGGGAAAACACAAGAUAGACGCGUGUGCGGCGAGCAGUAGCUAAAUUGAACUGAAGUGAACAGAAAAUAUUUACACAAAAUAAUAGAGAUACAACUUCGGAAAAGCAAGCAUACAACACACCGGGACUCCGCAAUACGGGUUUUUUAUUUCGUCUACUCUUCCGUACCUGGGCAGAGAUUUAGAUUUAUCGCCUCCUCCACCCACUACUUCAUCAUCGACAUCACCAGUGCUGUUGUUGUUGCUGUCGUUCCGCCUUCGCUCUCACGUAAUCCGCCCCCGCACCACCUCGCCCGUCGGCCAACCGGCCCACAAACUAACUGACUGAUAGACCAAAAAUCGAUUAGCGGACUCUCUUCCUCUUCAACAUCUUCGGCAUUCGUGUGUGCGUUGCUUUGCGUUACGUUACGGUUACCGUUACGUCGCCCGCGCGUGUGUGUUGGUGUGUGAGCAAGGUGUGGUGUGUAUAGAAAAUCGAUUGGCAAUUUGAACCGAAGAGCGCUAUCGUCGCCGCAGUCGCCGCGUGUGUGCCGUUACGCGAUUUUCAACAGCAGCCGCGCAGUAAUAUUGCUUUUAUUUUUUUGCCUGUGAGUCCUCCUAAGUGAGUGCGAAAGAGAGAGAGCGAGAGUGAGCUCUCUAAAACCUCUGCAGAAAAUAAAAAGGAAAAGAAAAACACCGGACAUGGAUAAAUCAGCGGCCACGAACUCGGCCACUGCCGAUGGCCAAAACGAGGCAGCAGCAGCAGCCGCCGCCGCAGCAACAGCAGCUGGGUGUGGCAGCAACAACAGCAGCAGCACCAGCAGCAGCAACAACACUGCAAACAGCAAUAAUGCACUGCAGCGUUUGGCAACAACAACAAGUGCCGUUGUGGCAUCCCCGAUGACGAUCAACCUGAACAUCAGCACCACCACCGGCGGCAAUUUCGGCGUCAGCGUCGAGCCGCACAUCAGUGUCGAGAGUCUGAAGAAGAUCAUCGCCAAGAAGCUGAAGGUGGCCAAGGAUCGCAUCUGUCUGCUGCACCGGGAAAAAGAACUGCAGGAUGGCACGCUCAGAGAUCACAACUUAAUGGACGGUUCCAAGAUCAUUUUGAUACCAAACGUGGAAACUGGUUUAUUGGCUCAACGUCCGGAGAACACGGUUAUGCAAGCGCUGGAAUCGCUUAACGACGCACAGGUUAAUGAUUUUCUCAGCGGCAAGACACCGCUCAACUUGAGCAUGCGCCUCGGCGACCACAUGAUGCUCAUCCAGCUGCAGCUGAGCACGGUUAAUCCGGCGGGCGGCGGUGCUGCCACAGUGGCCCCAGUCGCCGGUGGUGCGAGUGGCUCAAGCAUCAACGCAGCGGCAAGCACAACAUCAACGGUGCCUGUAAUGCCAGCUGGGACUGGCUGUUCCGGCGCCAACUCCACAUCAUUGUCUUCGUCGGCGGUGCUGGCGGCGGCGGCCGCUGGAGUAGGCGGCAGCACUGGAACCAGUGGCUCCGGCACUUCCUCAUCCUCAUCCUCAACGUCAUCGUCAUCCUCUUCGUCUUCGUCUUCGUCGAGAACCCGCUCUUCUGGCCAGCGAUCGAGUGGAAGAAUCGGACAUGGCCACGUGCACAGCCAUCAGCAUCCGAGUCUGCAUGCUGCGAACUGGCAUGGCUUUAGUCACGGACAUGGACAUGGUCACAGCCACGGAAACGGGCAUGGACAUCAUCAUCAUCACCAUCACCACCACCAUCAUCACCAUCAUCAUCACAACGCUUCGGCAGUGGCUGCGGGCAGCGGUGGUGGGAUGUCCUCGCUGCGCAAGAUGUACGGCGAUUUGCCCAGCUCGUCUGGAGCAUCUGGCUCUGCUCCAGCAACUGGCACUGGUCAGUCCCAGAGCUCGUCAACGCUAAACGGACCCGAUCUCACCAAGCUGCUAAUUAAGGGCGGCAUUCAGAAUAUCGUGAACAGCUUCGCUCUGAAGGAUGCCGGCGCCAAUGCUCGUCCUGUGGCCAAUGGAGGAUCCGGAUCGAGUCCAGGGAAGCCUGUGUUAGAGCAGUCGCCCAUCAAGUCGCUGUCGAAUCUCGUGUCCAGUCCCAUCAAGAUGACAACUAUCAAAAACAUUCCCCUGCCCACGACGGCUGCCACAAGUUCCAGUUCGAGCUGCAACUGCAGCUCUGCCGCCCCCAGCUCAUCCUCGUCCACUUCCAGUGGAGCCUGCGCAACCGGUGGCUGCCAGCAGGAUCCGAUAGCGGCCAAGCUGACCUCGUGCUUGUGCACGCGACUACCCACACCGUCAGUGGCUCCACCGGUGGCCACUUUGGUGGCGCCUGCUCCGGUGGCCAGAUCCGGAUCUACCAGCUCACCUAGCAAGUGUCCCGAAUCGAGUUGCAGUGGAGCGAAUGCCGGAUUUGCAGCUCGUUCGACUCUUGCGGGCACAAGAGUCACCUUCUCUGGCAAUUCGAUGCUGCACAAGACGGGCAAUAAUCGCAUCACUAGAACCAAGCAUCGUCACUACCACGGGCAGGGCCACGGUCAUGGACAUGGAAAUGGUCACAGCAGCAGUAGCAGCAGCAGCAGCAGCAGCAGUAGUAGCCACUUUUUUAAUCACGCCUGCGCCGGCAACCAGCCAUCGGUUAACGCAGCCGCCUUUGCUACAAGCUCAUCAUCGUCUUCCUCGUCCCCGUCAUCUUCCUCCUCUUCCCCCUCGAAGCGUCGCAAGCUGGAGCAGGGAAUGGGAGCAGGAGCGGUAGGAGCAACGGCCGCAACCGCAACAGCAGCGGCAACGGUGGCACUACCAGCCAGCACCAGCGCCACAACCGCAGAGCCCGAUGACUCGCUGCUGGGUGUGUCUGAUACUAGGACUCUCGCUGAGGCAUCGAGAAAUCUUACCCAGACAUUGCGUAAACUCUCCAAGGAGGUGUUCACCAACAAGAUCGAUUUAUCCGGAGCCGGCGUGGUGAGCAGCGGUCGCAGCUCAAGCAGCGGUGCCACCUCGAGCGGAGCAGCCAGUGGUGAGGAAGCACCGCGCAAGAGCGGAUCGGGAGCCGUGAUCGAGUCUAUGAAGAACCAUGGGAAGGGGAUCUACUCUGGCACCUUUUCGGGCACACUCAAUCCGGCACUACAGGAUCGCUUUGGACGACCCAAACGCGACAUCUCAACGGUGAUCCAUAUUCUCAACGAUCUGUUGAGUGCCACACCGCAAUACGGACGUGGUGCACGCAUUAGCUUCGAGGCCCCGACCACUGGAUCGGUUUCGGGAUCUGGUUCGGGAUCCGGCAGCAGUGGAUCUUCCUCGACUACUUCCUCUGGUAGCGGGCUGCAUCACGGAUCGCGUAGCAAAAUGUACUCCUCCAAGCACCACAACUGCGCCAAGUGCAACAGCCGCGCCCAGCAGCAACAACAGCAGUCGGCGACUCUGGCCUCUGGUAGCGGAGGUAGCUGCUCUUUCCGUGACUGCCCGAGCUACCACUCCUCCUCCGCUGCCACCAAGGCUUCCACCAGCUCGAAGUCAUCGUCGCAUAGUUGCUGCCAGACUGCUGAGGCACCCAGCUCUAUGACCAGUCAAUCCAAUGGAUGCACAUGUCGCUACCGCCGCGAUGAUGGACAGGGCGAACGGGAGCGUGAGCACACAUGCCAGAAGUGCACCGUGGAGCUGGCCAACAUGAAGACCCGCUCAAAAAUGGAUCAGCUGCGCUUGGUGAUGCAGCAGCACAAGCAGAAGCGGGAGGCGCGUAAACUGAAAAGUGGUCCCUAUGCCACAGCCGCCUCCGCAUCCGCGGCGGACAGUCUCUCCUCCAUCGCCGCUGGUGGAACAGCUGCUGUUCCGAUGGGCGCGGCCGCACAGUACAGCGCCGUGAGCGCCCUGGUGGCUACGCCCCUGCAACCAGCCGCUGUGCCCGUUCAGACGGGGAAAGCUGCACCCGCGAACAGCAUCACUGGCAACAGCAGUAACGCCAAUGUCAACGGCAAUACUUCAACGGCACCUGCAACAGCAGCAACGUCAGCAGCAGCAGCACCAACAGCGGCGCCGCCCAGCGAAGUGUCCCCGAACCACAUUGUGGAGGAGGUGGAUACGGCGGCCUAAAGGCAGCAGCACCAUCAGCUAGAGCCACCACCAGCCCCGCUGACUUUAUCCUAUUUUGUAGCAUUUACUAGUUUACGCAGCAGCAACAAAGAACGAAGAGCAAACAAAAGAUGAAGAUGAUGAUGAUGCGCAGGAUCCAGUAGAAGCAGAUGAUGGGCAAACAAAAGAAACUAGAACCACAACUAAAGCUUAAAUUAAUCUAGAGUUAGUGCAUAACAACACCAAUUCUUCUGUUCGAACACCCGCUCGUUUGGGUUUCCCACCUCCACGAUGGGGCAAAAUGGAAAUGGAAGCGCCCGGAAAUUCGAUAAGCUGUUAAAUUAAUUUUAAGUCCCUAAAACACACCCACUUCGGUGCAAGCCAAUAUUUCGUUGGGAGCAAAUGAAGUGAAUGAACCAGCUUCUGGAGGCGAAAUCCUUUAAUGUUUUUGUAAAUUAAAUUUAGUGAAAUUUUUUGUGUACAUCCCAGGCGCACGCUAUGCCGUGCAAUUCACAAUUUGAAUCGUUAGCAACCAGCAGCGUGAGCGGAACGGAAAUAGAAAUGUAUGAAAAAGGAAAAGAAAUUCUUAUAAUGGAAAUGAUUAAUAUAGAACUCAAUGUAAAACACACACACAGACUAUGCUGAAUGAUUUGUAAGCCAAAGCGGUGGCAAAUUUUGGUAAACUAAAAUGGAAUUUAGAUUUAAUUUUAGAUACACCAAAUCAAAUCUAAUACAACACACACGAUCACACACACACACACCUGGCUUUGGCAGCUUUAUGUUAUGUUUAACUUUAAUAACCGACGGCGGGCUGAAUGAAAAUCUGCACCAGCGACUGCGAUGUGGCGCUUUAACCUAAUUUGCCUUAAUAGAAAAUCGUUUUUCACCUAUUUUUUUUUAUAUAUACUUUAUCACCAAGAAUGUGUUUCGAAACGCGCCGGUAAAGACGAGCGACGAAUUGAAUUUUGUUCACCUACACCUAUACUAUUGAAUUAGUUAGUAAGACUAUGUUUUCUAUUCAUUUUGCAAUUAUCAUUACACUUAUAAUUACCAAUUGGAUUAGUUAAGUUGCGCAAUGGAAGCGUCUGAGAAGCAGAAAGUAACGCAAACGUAGUUGUAUAGUUUUAAUUUAAGCCCAAGCAAUUACUUUUUUUGUCCUACACUUACUAUUAUAACCCAAUUCAACAAAUGCAAUUAGAUCUAGGCGAGUUUAACUUUUAAACUUUUGAGUUGGUUUCAUUUGUCUUUGCCUCGUGUGCACCACAACUACUUGAUUUCAAUAAAUGUUUAGUAAAUGGUUUAGUUAACUAAUUUUGUUUGCUUAUUAUUUUGUCGGAUUUUUGGUUACCACAUUUAUUUCAGCUUUUUGUCGGGCUGCGUCUUGUGCAAUACAACAUAUAUAAACAAAACAACACUCGUAAACGAAUGAGAGAACGAAUGAGCAAGUGAACAUCAGGAUUUUGAUUUGAUCGACUCUUUAGAAAUGAUGUGCCAAUUGCAAAUACAAAUACAUGUGCGUAUAUAUGUGGAACCCUAGUAAGAAUUGUAAAUUAUAUAAAUAGAUAUAUAUAUAUAUAUAUAUCUAUACAUAAAUAUAUCCUCCCCUCUCUCACACACACACUCGACACGCGAGGAGUAUCCAACUAAAAAAACAUUUUAUCUAAGAAAAUCCGAACUUGGCACACAUUUAGCAUGUGUUUGCAAGUCGUAGCUAUUUAGUGAUAAGUCAAAUUAUGUGCAAUUUAUACAAAAGUUUUGUUUAUGUUUCUAUAGUUUUCCCUCUAACACCCUACGUAUAUAUCUAUUCAUAAAGCUUUCCAUCUAUAUCUACAUAACGAAUUCAGUAGUUAUAAUAGCAUUAGGAGACACAUAAGUUCGAUGUACGAUAACAAAUAUAGGAUUAGGCUUAGGCGAAGGGCACCAGAAGCAGGAUAUAUAUGGAUAAGAAGGGAGAAAUGAAGGAUCAUUGGAAUGUGGAAGGGAAAUGACGGAGGAACUCUGAGAAUGGACAUGGAUGAUGACAUUGGGUGGCUUUGUAUGGGCAUUAAUUUGGUUCAGAUGGGAUUUCGGUUAGAUUGAUUGAUUGAUUCGGACUCGGUUGGAUAAUUUCAGCAUAUCUGCGUGAUUUUCUAACAAGUACAAAAACACAAACGAUGAGAUUUUUUACAUAUAUAAUAUAGUUCAAAUAUUUACACGCCCCCAAUUCACUCGAUAAGAAAUUGAACCGAAAACAUAUGCGCAACAUUUGCUGAAAACGAAAAACACACAAACAAUUAUAAGAUCUAUGUGAAAAACAAAUUUUGAAUUGUAAACUAAAUUAAAUUUUUGUCACAUUUAUUUUGAAUAGUUAAAAUUUAUCCAAAAAAAGCCCCAAGCCCAAAAAAAAAAUCGUAGAUAUACUCACAAUAAUAUAAAUACAUAUAUACACAUAUAUUUUGGAAUCGACAUUUUGCAUCUUUUUUGUUGACGUCUUCAUAAUCUUUAAAGAGAUUAUUAUUAAAUUAAUGAAAUUAGCUAAAUUAUUACAGGCCCUUGAGCUAAGUAACAGUUGAAAACAUCUAACUGAAAAAAUUAAAAUGUUUCUCCAGUCACGUUCCCCACAAAAAUGAACAAAAGAACUAAGUGAAAAAUGUAUAAAAACGAUGUAGAAGAUCCUGAGUAUUGGAGAAAAUUUCAUAUAAUAACCAAUAGGACUUAAGUGGGUUCGGAUCGAACGAACUUAGAUCAAUUUUAAUGCAAGCUUCUUCAGAACUUUAAGGCAACCAAAAGAUAAAUGUCUCUAUCUCCAGAAAUUGGAACUUUAAAAACCGAUACAUAAGCGCCAUCAAAAGUUUGAAAGCAAGCAGAGUUGUAUGGAAUAAAUUUCAAUGGCGGAAAUGAAUGCAGCGGAAAUGCCGCCGACAUUUUUUUUUUUUGGAAAGUGCACAUUAACACACACGCAAUUAAAAAAGAACGUACGAAUAUGAUGCAAAUUUGAUGGGAAACUUGUUCGCCAUAUGAAAUCUAAUUUUUAUUGUUGUGUGUAAUGAUUAAAUAUUACUUAUAUACACGAAUAUAUAUAUAUACAUAUAUAUAUGUAUAUAUAUAUGCAUAUACAUAUAGACAUACACACAUUGCCAUAGCCAAAAGAUGGAAGAACGAACUUGAAGAAGUUGGGAAUCAAUUUCUAACAAUUGCAUGUAUAAAAUGAUACAAAGUAAGCAAAUGAAACAAUGCAAGUAAAAGUAUUCGUCAAUAAACAUUAUUUCCAAACACAG